AUGGAAUUUAUAUGUAAAUUGAAUCAAUUGAAAAUAUUGGAAUUGGAAUUGAGUGAUAUUGGAAAUGAACAACUUAUUCAAAUUUCCCAAUCUAUGAAACAAUUAACAAAACUUAGUGUUGGUUUUAAUGAUAUUGGAGGAGAAGGAUUGAAAUUAAUUAAAGAGUUGAGUAAUUCCUUGACUAUCUUAAAUAUUGAACAUAAUCAAAUAGGAAAUGAAGGUUUGGAAUUAUUAAGUGGAUUGACACGAUUGGAUAGUCUUGAUAUUUCUACGAAUAAGAUUGAUAAAUUCAAUUCAAUUUGUAAUUUGAAUCAAUUAACAAUAUUAAAUGUCAGUAAUAAUAUUGUUGGAAAUGAGGGUGUGAAAUUCAUAAGUAAAUUGAAACAUUUAACUGAGCUAGUUAUGCAGAGUUGUAACGUUAAGGAGGAAGGAAUGAAAUCAAUUUGUGAAUUGAAGAAUUUAACCAACUUUAACAUUAGUAAUAAUUUUAUUCGAAAUGAAGGAAUGAUAUUGAUAUGUAAUUCAUUUCCACUAUUGAAAUGUCUACGUGCAAGCUCAAACAAGAUUAGCAACGAAGGAGUUCAAGAUAUUACUAAAUUAGAAAGAUUGACCGAUCUGAAUAUUUGCCGAAAUGAAAUUAGCAAUAAUGGAAUGAAAUCAAUUAGUGGAUUAAAGAAGCUAACUUGUCUAGAUGUUAGUGGUAAUAAUAUUAGUGAUGAAGGUGCAACAUCUAUUAGUCAACUUUCUCAAUUAUCAAGUCUUUAUAUUAAUGACAAUCAAAUUGGUGAUGAAGGAAUGGAAUCAAUUAGUGAAAUGAACAAUUUAUCUAAACUUUGGAUUAAUGAUAAUCAAAUUGGCAAUAUAGGAGCCAAGGCAAUUUCAGUUAACAUGCAUCAAUUAACCUUCCUUUUUAUUGCCAACAAUAGGAUUGGUGAGGAAGGAAUUAAACUUCUUGAGAAUAUGAAACUGACCUAUUUGGAGACCUUUGAUAAACUUUAUUAG